ACUACUAGUUUGUAAAUGGCGCCUUAUUGAGGUUCUUCACGAACUUGUAGUAAAAUCCUAUUCAUUUGGCUCAAUAGUCUCCCCAAGGAGGAAAAGUAGUCUCUAAAAAGAAUCGAAUAGCUCCCAAAAGCUUAUAAAAGCUACAAUAUGUCGCAAGCAAUUCAGAUUAAAUUAGUCCUUGGUCAUUCGGCACAAUGGAGAAAAAAGCCUACACAGGAGGGAUACACACACGACUGGACGAUACUAGUUCGUGGGGAGGAUGGGCAAGAAAUAAGACAUUUUGUGGAAAAAGUAAUCUUUUUCCUACACGAAAGCUUUGCUAAGCCAAAGAGAGUCAUUAAGGAGCCGCCCUAUCAAGUCUCAGAGUCUGGCUACGGUAGUUUUAAUCUUCCAAUUGAGGUCUAUUUCCGUAAUAAAGAUGAGCCAAAGAAAGUUCGUUUCGAGUACGACCUUCUCUUACCGAACCUCAACGACCCUCCCAUCAACCAGAUACGCAGUGAGUGCCUCACUUUUCAAAACCCGAGCGAAGAAUUCAAGAGCAAGCUCCUCAAAGCGGGCGGAGUCAUAACUGGAGGCGGUCCUGGAAACAGUUCUAUUCCGCCGUCUUCGCAAAAGGUCAAACGCCCGUUGGAUGACGGUGACCUCUCGCAUAAGAAGCCGUUAAAGAUGAAGAAAGUGAAGAAGGGCGGAGACUCGAGUGGGUCUGAUACGAGCAGUGACAGCGAAAGCGACGACCAGCCGCCGUCUGCUCCUGUAUCGAAAUCGACUAAAUCGGGUCAGUCCAAGAAAUCGUCUCCUAAUACAUGGGACACGGCCGCUUUGAAGCGACUCCACAAGCAUCUAAACUCGUUGCAGGACCCCCAGCGGCUGCAAGAGAUAGUCAAUAUUAUUGAGCAAACGGGUCAGUAUAAUUUGACGCAGUCCACGUUUGAUUUCGACUUGUGCAAACUCGACGAUCACACGCUUAGCAAGCUCAGUAAAUUCAUGGAUGCAGGUGGAAUAAGUUGAAGGAAUUAAUUUAAAACAGAGAUUUGUCUUUCUUCACAUCUCUCUCUCUCUCUCUCUUCCUCUUCUCUCAUAGAAACCACCAGACUUUGUUUCUUUUAGUAUUUUGUUAUUCUCCCUCCGUCUCUCUCUUUCUCAUUCUUCCUCUCCCUCCAUCCCCCCCUCUCUCUCUCCUUUCACAUACAUUACAUACAGUAGGUUGCAGACGACUAUAAUGCAUUUUAAAAGUUUAGAAAUCACGUGCUUCUUCUACUAUUAAAUUUAAAGACGUUUUGUGUGUGCAAUGUGUGUGUGUCCUUGUGACUUUUUCCCACAAACAGAAGGGGCAAAAUAUUUAAUAAAUUGUGUAACCUCUUGUAUGAAAUAUUGUGGGUGUCUUCUUUUUUUUUCUCUUAUUUUCAAUGCACAUCUUUUACUAUUAUUGUGUCAUUAAGCUAAGGACCCUAUACAAUUAUUAUUUAAUUAUUAUUAUUUUCCUCUCCCGUUUGCUUUUCACA